GUGUUUUGUCAGCUGCAACCUUGUUGUUAUGCGGGAAGUUGUGUGUGACAUUGCCCAGACUGUAGAACUGAAGCCAUGGACCAAGAGCCAACUAAGUGGAUAAAAAAAGAGGAAAUGGAUGAAGUACAAACUGAGUUACGCUUCACGGGUCAGGUUUACCCAUCCAGCAUGAAUGUAAAAGAAGAGUUGCAGGACAGUGCAAUUAAAGAGAUUCUUGUGGACCCAUUAAAGACUGAAGGCUGCAGUGUUUGGCUAAAGCAAGAUCCUGAACUGAAACAUGCUGAUGGACCUGAGCAUAAUUCUGUUGAAGAUCCAUUGGAAAUACCUUGGUUCACUGAUUUUAUCAAGGAGGAUCCUGAACUAAAUAUAACUGAGAAUACUGUGGAAACCUCAACAAGAUACGGUUCUGAUAGUGCAAGAUUGACUCAGAGUACUGGUGGAAGCUGUGGCGUAUCGUGUGAAGAAAAUUGUCACCAUAGACUGGUCCACGAUGAGUUGGUGAUAGACAUGGAGAAGUCAACACACGAGUUUGGUACCGAUACAGAAGACGGGGUUAUUCAUAAAGAAUGCUCAGUUGCCACCCAAUAUGACUGUAGUAUGAGGAAAAAGGAAUUACAUGUAUAUAGCUGUAAUUUCUGCCAACAGAGCUUUCCUUCAAAAUACAGACUCAUAAUGCACGUGUUUAUGCACAUUGAUGGCACACAACCAUCUUCGUAUGUUUGUGAGUGGUGUGGUGAGGUGUUUCACAGUAAUGUUAGUUUGAAAAAACAUUUGAGAAUGAGAGAGAAUUAUCAAAAUUUGACUGUUGGCAACCAUGGAAAAUACGGCUUUAGUGAUGAGCAUGAAAGCAUUAUCUUCUUGGAUAGUGAGCCAGAAGUUUCUGUUGCAGAACAUAAUGAGCAAUCUUCAUAUGAGGAAACUUGGAAAGCUUCAAAGAAGUCCUCUAAUGACAUGAGUAACGUACAUAUGACAAAUGAUGCAGAGAAAACAAGUCAUUAUGGAACUUUAUCAACAGCUGUUAAUAUCAGUGCCCAGGCUAAUCUGCUUACUGCAAAAAGAACCGACAAAUGUGGUAUUUGUGGCAAAUUGUUUGCUAGGUCAGGUGAUCUCAAAAGACACGUCUUCAUACACACCGGGAAAAGACCUCACAAAUGUGAUAUUUGUGGGAAAUCUUUCGCUUUGUCGAGUAGUCUCAAUAAACACGUAUUAAUUCACACUGGAAAGAAACCUCACAAAUGUGAGAUUUGUGACAAAUCGUUUGCCCAGUCAAGUCAUCUCAAGACUCAUAUUCUAAUUCACACUGGAAAGAAAUCUCACAAUUGUGAGAUUUGUGGGAAAUCUUUUGCUUUGUUUAGCAAUCUCAAUAAACAUGUAUUAAUUCAUUCUGGAAAGAAACCUCACAAAUGUGAGAUUUGUGACAAAUCGUUUGCCCAGUCAGGUCAUCUAAAGAAACAUAUAUUAAUUCACACUGGAAAGAAACCUCACAAAUGUGAGAUUUGUGGGAAAUCAUUUACUGUGUCAGGCGAUCUCAAGAAACAUGUAUUAAUUCACACUGGAAAGAAACCCCAUAAAUGUGAUAUUUGUGACAAAUCGUUUGCCCAGUCAGGUCAUCUCAAGACUCACACAUUAAUUCACACCGGAAAGAAACCUCACAAAUGUGAGGUGUGCGGGAAAUGUUUUACUUUAUCAAGCAGUCUCAAGAGUCACAAAUUAAUUCACACUGGAAAGAAACCUCACAAAUGUGAGAUUUGUCUGAAAUCUUUUACUAUGUUGGCCAAUCUCAAGCAACACGUAUUAAUUCACACUAGAAUGAAACCUCACAAAUGUGAGGUUUGUGACAAAUCGUUUGCCCAGUCAGGUCAUCUCAAGACUCACACAUUAAUUCACAGUGGAAAGAAACCUCACAAAUGUGAGAUUUGUGAGAAAUCUUUUACUAUGUUAGGUGAUCUCAAGAAACACACGUUAAUUCACAGUGGAAAGAAACCUCACAAAUGUGAGAAUUGUAACAAAUCGUUUACCCAGUCAUGUCAUCUCAAAAGACAUAUGUUAAUUCACACUGGAAUGAAACCUCACAAAUGUGAGAUUUGUGGGAAAGCUUUUGCUAGGUCAGGCGAUCUCAAGACACACAUUCAUACACAUCAGAGAAAGGUCACACAAAUGUGAUACUUGUGGCAAAUCAUUUGCUAGAUCAGGUGAUUUCAAGACACAUGCAUUGGAACACAUUGGAAGGGGACCUCACAAAUGUGAUAUCUGUGACAAAAGUUUCACUCAAAUGGAUUUUCUCAAUACACAUACAUUACUUCACAUCAGAAAGAAACUACAAGUAGUUGUUAGUUUACGCAAAUAGGUUUUCCUGGUUGGUUCCCUCAAGGCCUAUAAAGUAAUGGAUGUAGCAUGGGGAUAGUAAAUUGUAAUGCCUGUGAAAUAUCAUUAAAUGUGGUAUAAUCGUGAAAAAACGUGCAGUGUGUACUAUAGACUGGUAACAGAUAAUUUGACAAUAUAAAAAUCCAUAUCUGCAGCUUGAGAUGUCAAGAAAUUCUAUAACUAAAUAAUCCAAAAACAUGAAUCAAAUGUCUUUUUGUCAUUAACACUGCUACUUUUUCCCAUCAAUCUUGACACAAGAAGAUUGUGAAUUGUGAUAAAUUCAUACCUUUGUCAGUAAUCAUUAGUACCAUACAAUAUUCAGUAUAAGGCCAAGGAAACGUGAUGACUUGUUGCUUAUUAUUCCAAACAUAGUCAUAAUGUAAUACUUGUAACUCUGCAUUUUAGAAACAGUGACAGCAAAAGUAUAUUAAUAGCACUUCCUUCACUCAGGUUAGUAAACUCAACACUGGAGAAACGUGAUUAUGGCAAUUAUUUUACUCAGCUAUGUUUUCUCGAGAGAAUUGCUGUAUGUGUCAUUAAUAGUAUGUACAUUUAUGUUCUGUUAGUACUAAUCCUGCAUUAGUAAACGUAACAACAAAUAUAGCAACCUGCUCACUAGCAUGUUUGUCCACCUUUGGAACACAAUACAUUGACAGUUCUACAUGAUGUGGACUUGACAUGUCGUUUACAUGUUUCUGGAUAUAUGUAGCAAGGUUGUAUUCCACACGUUCAGACCAUCUAAAUGGUGUGGUCGAGACAUCAGUGUUAGUUGCCAUGCUAUUCAGACCACUGUGGAACCCUUCUGCACAUGUGACAAGGACAGUUGUCCUGCUGAAAGAUGCCUUCACCAUGGGACAGCACAUCAGGAAUGAAAGAAUCUAUGCAGUUGCAAUAAAGGUCACAUAGUCUGCAACUUUCACGUUUCCUUAAAUUACUACCAGAUGUCCCAAAGUAGCCCAAGUGACACCCCAUGUCAUUCACCUAGAUAAUAGUAUAUCUGGAAGUGACAACUGACCUGAUGUGACAGGAAAUGUCACCCAUCCUGUUAGUUGACAUUUGCAUUGACCUUCAUUCCAGCCUCCAUGAUCACUUGCCCACUGCAGUUGCAAUUGAAAAUUUUGGUGGAUGGGUGUGGAAACAUACAGUGACCAUAUGUUGCAGAGCCACACGUUGAAGAAUGUACAUUGAAUUUUGAGUUCAAAAACUAGUAUUGCUGCUCCAGCGUUGUUAACCAUCAUUGGAUAUUGCCACAUGUCCAGCUUUACUGAGCAGCAAGCCUCUGAUCUCCAUGAUUUGUGAUGGUGUAGAUGUAUUACAACUUUUCAUAAGGUUAUAGAUUUAUCACCUUUCAUCCACUUUCCACAGAUGUUCACAACAGUAGCAUAGAUCCAUCCUACCAGCUUCAUCACUUUUGAGGUGCUAGUUCCCAGCUACAAUGCGACUGUAACUUGCCCUUUGCUGAAGUCCUUAUGUCUUUGGAUUUAUGUGUUUGCAACCCAUCUGAUUGGUAGAAUAAUUCCUUGUUAAUCUCUGGUCUGCUUAUAGACCCGUAUUCUACUUACUGCGUCAUGUGCAUUCAACAUGAUGGCAGCAUUUAAUAAUGUAUAAGUUCUACACAAAAUGAAAUAGGUAUUUGUAUACACAACAACAUCACUUGGGACAGCUCAGAAUGCGAGUACUAAAUAUUUCUUGUGCUAUAUUCAAAGAUAUU